CUCCUCCCUAGAGACAACAUUCAGAACACAGAACAGAAUUACAAAAUUUCCCCAAAAAAUUCGUAGAAAUGCCAAAAUAAACGAGUGGCUUUCGGAGGGAUGAGAUGGAUGCGUUACAAGGAGACGUUUUUGUGCGGGUCUCAGGAUAUGAUGAUGAGGCAGCGGGGGGAGGGCGGACCAGGACUGUGAGAAGAGCUAAACUUACGCAAAAAUCCAUGGGAAACCAACCGAGUUUGGCGUUUAGUCGGUUGACUCUGUUUCGGUAUCCUAUUUUAUUUAUGUUGCCACUGGCAUAUGCAACCACUGUGCUGGGGAUGGAUAUCACUCAACCACUCGCUUCUUGUUAACUUCAAACUGAAGUUAAGUUUAUUGGUCAGUGACUUUUAAGCUAAGCUAAGGCCGAGAAUAUUAUUAUGCUAACAUUUUUAAGUCAGCCUUGUUGCUCUUUAUAAAAAAUUGAAAAACCUCCGCAGGGGAUUCGAACUCUGGUUCACCGUCUAUAGUUAUGCAUUGGAAAUGUUUUCCAGCCUCUCGGCCCAGAGCUGAGCAAAACAAUGUGCAUAAAUACUUGAGGGCUACAGAAUAUCGAAAGUGAAGCAACGGCCAGAGUCAGAUCCCAACCGAAGCAGCCAAGUGCCGGAGAAAUUAGAGGGCAUACAACUACGGGGGGACGAGCGAAAGGGGAAAAGCCCGGAACGGCGCUAGCGAAUAAAAAAUGAAAAUUAAUAUAUUUCCGCUGACAGCGGAUGCAGCGACGAUUGCCGCGCGUCGCCAGAACAGAAGGGGCGCGGGGAAGCUGCAGCGGAAGCGGAAAAUGCCGGAAAUAUCCCCACGUCUAAUUGCUGCCGCUGCCACCGCCGCCGCAGCCUCGCUCCUCUGCCUCUCCCUCUCCCUCUCGCUCUCCGUCUGCGCCGCCCAGGAGAGCGACGACGAGGGGGAGCUGCACCACCUGGACCAGCUGCACCACCAGCACCAGGACUUCAUCAUCGGCGAGUCCGAGGAGCACGAUCAUAUCGCCCACCAUUUGGCGGAAAUGCAAAAUAAGGAUGAGCUACUUGAAGACAUUCGCGAGGAUACGGUCGUCAAUGCGAUUCCCGAGAAAGAUCUUCCAAAGUUCGGGGAACUCUUGCAGAACGUGACGGUGCCCGUGAGUCGGGAGGCCAUACUCCAGUGCGUAGUCGAUAAUUUGCAGACCUACAAGAUUGCGUGGCUACGUGUCGAUACACAGACCAUUUUAACGAUACAAAAUCACGUCAUAACCAAAAAUCAUCGCAUGAGCAUAACUCACGCCGAGAAACGUGCCUGGAUUUUGCGUAUACGUGAUGUAAAGGAGUCCGACAAAGGCUGGUACAUGUGCCAAAUAAACACGGAUCCGAUGAAGAGUCAAGUUGGCUACCUGGACGUCGUCGUUCCGCCCGACAUACUGGACUACCCGACCAGCACCGAUAUGGUAAUACGUGAGGGCUCCAACGUAACCCUCAAGUGCGCCGCGACGGGAUCGCCAACUCCGACGAUAACCUGGCGCCGCGAAGGUGGCGAACUGAUUCCGCUCCCCAAUGGCGCCGAGGCCGUCGCGUUCAACGGAUCCUUCCUGACCAUCGCCAAAGUGAGGCGGCUGAACAUGGGCGCCUACCUCUGCAUCGCCUCCAAUGGCAUCCCGCCAACAGUCAGCAAGCGUGUGAUGCUCAUUGUGCACUUUCCCCCCAUGAUUUGGAUACAAAAUCAAUUAGUCGGCGCUGCCCUCACUCAGAACAUAACCCUGGAAUGCCAGUCGGAGGCCUAUCCCAAGUCCAUCAACUAUUGGAUGAAGAACGAUACGAUUAUCGUGCCGGGUGAGCGCUUUGUGCCGGAAACCUUUGAAUCGGGCUAUAAAAUAACCAUGCGCCUCACCAUAUUCGAGGUGGACAUCCAGGACUUCGGGGCGUAUCGAUGUGUGGCCAAAAACUCCCUGGGCGACACUGACGGCGCGAUCAAACUGUACCAUAUUCCCCAGACGACCACGAUGACGACAAUGGCUCCGACCGUUUCGAUCAACACAGUGCCCGUGGUCAUGGUGAAGUACAACAAAGAGCAACGCAACCAGAAUGCCAAUGGUAACAACAACCCGUACAACUACAACCCCGGCAUCGGGCAACAGAACACAAAGCUGCAGCGCGGCAAGUCCAACAACAAGGGCCUGGAUCAGUCCUCCUCGGGAUUGAACAAUGUCUUCGUGGGCGCCACGUCCAGUCUGUGGAACUCGCAGGAUCACCUCUCCUCCUCGCGGGGAAGGGAUCACCAUCAGCAGCAGCACCACCAGCAGCAGCAACAAAGCCACGGAUCGGAUCACAGCGCCUCCUAUCGUUCCGACGGCAAGAGCCCGCACCCCAUAAAGCAUGAUGCCAAGUCCCUGACCGACGACCUGGAUCGCAUGCAGGACCUCAAGGGCUGGGCCCACCGCCUCGCACCCUGUUUGCCGAUCCUGCCGAUCCUGACCCUUUCCCUGAUCUUGGGUUCCGGCUAUCUGGGGGCGUGGCCGGGCUAAUCUACUCGAGGGAAAGUGUACAAAUACCCAUGGAAACCCAGUGCUAGUCUAACUAAGAUAAACUACUUCGUAAGCAAUACCCUUAUAAAUCGUGUUGGUCAAGACAAAUGUAUAAUUUUUGUGCUAUUCGGAAAGUUGCUUACUGUAAAAAGUUGUUGAUGUUUAAGGUAAAUUUAGAAUUUAAGCGGAAAGUGGAUUGAUCGAUUAUUAAAUGGAGGGAACUGGAAUUCGCAACGGAAAUACAAAGUAUUAGAAUGCAUAAGGGCUUAAACCGUAAAAAUGUUCUUAGGCUUUUCACGAAAGUUGCUAUUUAUAUUUCUGGUUUAAUAUUCUAUUUAAUAUUCUCCAUACUCAUGAAUAAAGAUUGGGACGUUCUUUUCCAGUCCGAUAGAAAUACAAUUUUGUCAGAUUUUUAAAAUUUUUUUUGCAUUUAACUAUUUUAUAUAUUAUAUUUAAAUAUUUUAAUACUUAUGAGAAUAUGCCUGUAUCUCACAGAUACUUUUAAGCCUAAAAGCAAAGGACAAACAUUUUUAAAAUUAAUUUAAGUUUUAUUCACUAAUAUUUUAGAUUUACUAUAAAUUUGUUAUUGUAGGCCAGGAAUAUAAAUAUCAGCAUACGUGUCUACAAAAUGAGACUAGAUCCUAGAUUAUAUCUAAGUCACCGGGCUCAACCGAUAACCAUAUUUUUAUUGUCAGCCCUGUUCUAGCUUAGUUUCAAAGCACUGCAAGCUGUAUAAUAAAUAUAACAUAAACAAUUACACUUUGUUUUAAGAAAAAAUAAAAUGCCGUCUUAAAUCAUGUAAACUUCAGAGAAAAUGUGUGUUUUUUUUAGCUUACUUAAACAGAAAUCGACAAAUCUAUAUCCCAUUAUUAUACCUUUUGUUAAGUUGGAAAGCUUGGAUCAUUGUUAAUAUGCCAUUUAAAAGAGGCUUUAAGAAUAAAACAUCAAAACCUAUAUAUAAAGUCCUUGAA